GCACCGUGCGUACAAUGCCUGGUGGUUGCCAUGGUGAAUGAUGCUGAUCUGAAGAAAUGAAUAAUGUGAGCAUUGGGGGCGACAGUGGGAUUACUCAGACAGUGGUGAGAAAGACAUCAAGGAGAGCCCAGAUCCGAGGAAGGGAGAAGGCACCAUCCCUUCGGCUCUGGUCCAGCCCGCCUCUGAGGGCUGCAUGCUAACCCUCUAACCGGAUCCACGGCGAGUAUCAGUAUCAGGAUGAACAUCGAGGUGGGGAACGUAUCCUAUACAGGAGCCAUCGUUUCCUGGUCGUCCUCGGAGCCCUGCCUGGAGGACUAUUACCAUAUUAUGUACAGACCCAAUUGGAACAGCAUCUUCUCUGGCUAUCUUCGCUACAGCUUCCACCACGAGGAGAAGGUACCCCGGACCAUCAGCUCCGUGGUGCUGGAACACCUGGCCCCCUCCACACUCUACUUCCUGUGCAUCAGUUGCAAGAAGGCCGCCUUCCCCUACCCGCACUACUGCACCAUGUUCCACACCCUGGAUAAGAGUCCGCUGGCAGCGGGGAGCUCCCUGGUGGACCCCCAGAUUUCCCUGUGGGUGCUGAUGGCCAUUCUGCUGGCAUGUUUCACCGCAGUCUUGGCCUUCAUCUGCCUCCAGUUCUGGUGUGUGCGCUGCCAUGAGCCCCGCUGGUCCUACCGGGCUGGCCAUAUGGAGGAAGCCAACGGGCUGGUGAGAUGGCCUGAGGAAGCCCCGGCUCUGGGUCAGCGGGAGGAAGACCAGCAGGGCCUUCCCCUGGUAGAACUGCCUCGCAAGUGCUCCAGUGCUGGAGGGGAUGCAGAUGAGGAAGCAGAAGCGGAAGCUGACCAGGAAGCCAACCUAGAAGCAUUUCCGGUGGGCGCCUUGCAGAUGCAGGCUGGUGACCAGCUAGCUAUACUGCCUUAUUUUGGGAAGUGAGAAGUGGGCAAGAGCUCUCUCUGGUCGUGGAGCUCAAAGUCCCCUACAGUAGGUCUCCUGUAAAAUUGUGUCUAUAGAACACCCAUUCCCACCUCGGUGUCUGUGCUUUUGGGGACUCCCCCAGGCUGUACAAAUGCCCAGGACCAAGCUUCUGGAAAACAGCUCCCCUCACCCCACCAUGGCCCAGUUAAGAGAGCACCCUGUUCAGAGUUAAAAUUCUGGUUUUAAUAUGAAAAUAAAUAUGAAUCCAGUGUAGCCUAGAAAGUACAAUUGGCAUGACUUAAAAGAAAACACACUAACUGGAGGAAACGGGGUGAACAUAAGCUCUCAUUGUGCUCUCUGUCACCCCAAGCAGAUGCCUGGCCUCCUGUGCUGGGGGAGGAGGUGGUUGUUUUGGA